GUGUGUAUGUGUAAAAGAGAUUGCUGAUAAGUAAAAUCUCAUCAUAGUAUACUUGAUCGUGUUGAAAACUAAAAGACAUAACACUGAUUGUUACGGCCCUAGCUGGGCCUCCUGAUUCUCCCUUUGUGUGGGCGUGGUGUUUUUCUCCACCUCCUCCUGUCUUGCUCCACCCCUGUCUCUCUCGCUUCUUCUCUCUCCCCAGGACACAGCUGCUGCUCAUUGGCAUCAUUUACCACCUGGGCCCAGUUAGCAAUCACCUCUCCUAGGCUAUUUAAGCUGGGGAUGAGCUGUGAGCAGGAGAGUGACUUUCUCUGGUGUCUCCGCGGUGCGAGUUAUGUGUGUGAUUGUCCUGCCAAAGGUGUGGAGUGGUAGGUGCAGUGGGAGAGGUUUCUGGUGGUUUUCCUCUGUGCUGGUCAGUGUGUGUUUCCAGCCUAGGUGUGGAAAGGCCUGCUGUGUGUGUGUGUGAGACCAGCCCCACCGUGCGUGGCUCUUUGAGUCCUUGGAAGAAUGGAGAGCCAUGCGUUCCCAGCAGGAUCAAGAGUACCAAGACUGCUUGCUUGCAGAUCAAGAGAAGUCUGACUUACAGAAAAAGUCGGCUGAAAUGGAAGAGAGACGGAUAAAGGCCAUAUCUGAGAGGCAGUUGAGACUGAUUGGUGUUCCAGAGCAAGCUCAUGGCAUACCACUCAGAUUUAAAUACCCUAGCGGCAUUACCAGAACAAGGCGAUUUGUCCUAACUGAAUCCAUUCAGAUAUUGUUUGACUUUGUCGGAGAAGAUGAAGAUGCCACAGAAUAUUUUCAUAUUCAAGAUGCUCUCUCAGUAACUAGACUCAACAGCAACAUGUCUGGCACCUUUCUGGAUAAUAACAUCAUAAGGUCACAAACACUGUAUGUCCACUGGAUUCAACCUGAGUCUCCAGAGUUUGUUCCUGCACUUGAUUACAACAAUCAUGAAGUAGCUCCAAGCUUUAACAACAUGUCUUGUUCCCCAUUGACUGAUUCUCCUCCUGCUCAUGGGCGAUCUUUCUCUCCCAAGAGGGCUGACCUUAAAACCAUUCUGAAUGGACUUUGGGCGAAGAUUGAUAACACUUCAUGCCCCACGAGUAAUCAGAUCAACAUAUGCAGAGACUACACUGGCAAUGUCCACAACAUAAUGAAAAGUACCUUGCAGGCCUUCAGACGUCGACGUUUCAAUCCUGCGGCAAGAUUGGAUGUUGUUUUUGUUGACAGUGAAAAAACAUCUGAAGGUGCAGUAGAUGGUGGUGGUCCCACAAGAGAGUAUUUGAGGUUGCUGAUGAAGGCCAUUCAUCAGUCUAACAUAUUUGAAGGACCGGAGAAGGACAAGAGAUUGACCCUCGACACUCAUGCCUUGGAGGGGAAACUGUACACACAGAUCGCGCGAAUGAUAUCUGUGUGUGUAAUCCAUGGCGGCGUGGCACCUAAUUUCUUUUCAGACAGAUUAUUUAAUCAAAUCUGUGGGAAACCUAGCCUUCCUGCAACCUUGGAAGAAGUGGGUGAUUUCACCUUUAAGGAAAAGCUUUUGGAGAUUAAGAACGCAACAACUGUUGAAGAUGCAAAAGCGGCCAUAGAGAAGGCAGAGGACAGUCUUGCCAUUGUUGGGGCCUGGAGAAACAUCACAACACUGCGACAGCGGGAUGCCCUGGUGCAGUCCGCUGUUGACUUCUUCGUUGAGGGCAGAUUAAAUGUGGCUUUGCAACAAUGGAGAAUGUGCACCUGUGACCUUGGAGAAUGUCCUGGAAUUUGUUUCUGGAUCCUCUUCAAUACCCCCAAAUGGCUUUCUUAUGCAGCCCACAAUCGAGAUUCUUCCAGAGGAUUCUGGCAAGAUUUUUCCUGAGGCAAAUACAUGUAACAUUGUUUUGAAAUUACCAGUGCACAAAGAUUAUCAAUCAUUUAAAGCACAAAUGUGCAAUGCUAUACUUUGGGCACCAACAUUUGGCGUGGCAUAGAUGGACACCAUUUACAUUGUCCAUUUUGAAUACUUCACAGUGCAGAUUUUGAGUUAUUGCUUAUAACUAUUUUAUGUUUCAUAUAGCACUAUUAUGAAAGCUAUGACUGUAAGAUUAAAAGUAAUAGUUCAAUACUCUUUUGUUGUUGAAGGUUUAAAGUUUUAUAGACGGGUAUCAACAGAAAUUAGGAGUAAAAAAGCACGACCUACAUAACCAGCCCUUUUGUAGUCAGGAAUGUGUUUUCAGGACAGUGGUUGUCCAGUUAGUAUUGAACUGACCUUUUCUGUUUUAGUUUAUGAAAGUCAGAACAUAACUUGGUGUUUUUAAACUGUCACAGCAUCACAUGCUGUUUGUGCUUGAAUGCACCGUGUCUUUGUAUGUUAGUUCUUUAUCAUGUAAAAUAUUUAACUCUUUCAAAAUGUAUUCUCAAAGCCAAAAAGCAUUGUUGUUAAAGGUGUAUUCCUUUAUUGGAAACAUCCAAUUGCUGUUCAAAAGUGCUAAAUUCAUCUGAUGUAAUGAAAACUACUUGAAAAUUCCUGUUAUGCAUCUUGACAUAAUUCUCAAAAGGUUGUACAAAGCAUCACAGUGUUCUCUGAUACAUUUCAGUGUUAUUUGGAUAGUUAUUUAUUGUUCAAACCUAUUUUAAAUCCAUGGAAAUAAAACAUUUUUGGGAUAAUUA